ACACACAAGAACUACACCGCUAUCGUAUGCUCAGCCCACAAAGAGAAAUAGUUUUGGAGAGGCAGGGCAGCGGGGCAGAGGUGCAGAUGAAAAGAGCCUACAGAAACUACUUCUUCAAGCUCUGAUAUACAACUACCAGACCUCCAAAAUAAAAAUGUAUGGACAGAAGCAGUGGGCACAGGUGGCUGUCAUGGCACUUCUGGUGCUAACGGUAAUGGCAGCUGAAGGAGGAGGCAAAGCAGAGAAAGCAGGAAAGAAGGAGCGCAAGUCAGACUGCGGAGAGUGGCAGUGGAGUGUGUGUGUAGCCAACGAAGGGGACUGUGGGCUCGGAACCAGGGAGGGAACACGCACCGGCACUGACUGCAAACAGACCAUCAAGACCCAGCGCUGCAAGAUCCCCUGCAACUGGAAGAAGAAGUUUGGAGGGGAAUGCAAGUACGACUUUGAGGCUUGGGGAGAGUGCGAUCUUGCAACAGGGAAGAAAAACAGGACGGGGGUGCUGAAGCGAGCGCUCAUGGAUGCGACCUGCGCUGCCACUGUUACGGCCACCAAGCCAUGUGGGAAAAUCCCCAAGACCAAGCUGCAAGAUGCAAAAAAGCAAAAGAAGGAAGGCAAGAAGCGAGAGCGCACCCAAAUGGACUAAUGCUGCUGUUUGAAGAAGAGGGUGGAAAGAAAGUGCUUCCUGCCCUAUUUCAACAUGGUUCCUCUUUGUAUGUCCUGUAGGUUUACAGUAGGGGCCUAGAGCUUUGACAAAACCAGUGGAAAUAUGACUUGUAGUGACAAUGUGUUAUACUUUCUCUUCUCUCUAGAACCUGAUAAGAAGUGGCUUGUAUGUUCUGAUAGGAGAUAUAAUACUCAGCAGUACACAUAGUGAAUACAGAAGACAUUUGUUUACUAGUAUUCUUGCCUAAUGAUGUUAUUUCUAGGAUUAUUGUCUGAACAACAAAUUGGAUAGGAUUUGUCUCACAGCUGCAUUGCUAACUCUAAUUUGGUAAAAUCUUUGGUCCAUACCCUGACUUAAUGAAGCACUUUGCUAAAAGUGAAGCUCUAAAUAUCUUCACUUAAUUAAUCUGGGUAAAAAAAAAAAGUCCUGAAUUUGCAAUUUUUUUUAAAGUAGAUAAAGUUGAAGCCAACUCUUUCCUGCAUCACUAUGAAGUAUAAGAUUUUUGUCUUUUAUUUCCGGUAACAGUAAACAUAGGCUAGCUCUGUCUGCAGGUUGCAUGGAAUAGCUACUUUAUGCUCACAGACCGUAAGUGCUCAUUUUCCUCCUGCUGCUCUAUUGUACCUCAGUUCUCCUCCACUGAUUUUUACUCUCCAGCUACUGGCUGUAAAAUAUUAAAGUCUGUACUAUUGUAGUCCACGGUUGGAGUUAACAUUACCUUUCUUUCCUGUUACUUUUCCCAAAAAAUUAAAAUGUAUACAGUCAAAAAAAAUUAAAAGGUAGAAAAGUUGAA